AUGUACGAUCCGGUGCUAGAGAUGACGAUGAUCUUGAGAAGAAGAAAGACAUUCUUCAUGAGGAAGAUACAAGUACCAGUGACGAGAAGAAAAAAAAUCAUGGAUAUUGUUAAUAACUUGGACGAGGUAAAUUGUACUCUUGUGAUUGAAAGAGAUUUUUGGAGAAGAAAGUUUUGGGGGAAAUAUGCGCAUGUAAGUUAUAUUCCA